CAGUCGACAUAUAUAUGAGCAUCAAGUACCACCCUAAGCUACCAUCAGUGCAGCCCUUAUAAGAGUUGUCAUCGUCGCCACCGGAUCUUGCUCCUCGCUGCCUCUUGCUUACUGUCACCGGCUUGCCAGGUCGCUUUUGACAGAGAAUUAGUUCACUCAAGUUUGGAUGAUGAUUUGAUACGUUGGUUUGGGUUGAAUCAGACAAGUAUCCAGGCUCUACAUGAUCAUUACAUAUAGAAGAAAGAAAUGGUUGUGGCAUAUAAAGACAUAACAAAGUUCAAUUCAAGUGUAUUUGCUGAAGAGUCAAGAGUUUAGGUGAAGAAAAGCACGUAGCAGCACCCUUUCAUGAUGAAUGGAACUCCUUGUUGGGAAGUUGUUGGAUCAGAACUUCUGAGUUUUGAACCAAUCAAAUCACCCUACAACUUUGUGACAACAACAGCAUCACCUGUUUUUGGUGCAAGUGCUAAAAGCCUUGUGAGUUUUCAAGCUCAAGAACAUGAUCAUGGUCAGAAUCAGAACAUUGAUGUCCCUGGUUGGUGCUAUGAGUUUCCCUCUACACCAAUGAUGAUUUUCCAAGGCUCUGAAGAUAACUUCACUAAUGUUACCAGUACAGUACAAGAUCGACCCUCCUCUCAAUUCACAAGCUCCUUGCACUCGGUUGCUGAGUCUUUCAUAUCUAGCAGUGAAGAUAGCCAUUCUUGUUCUGAAAAUUAUGGUAAAAUUGAGCCUGGUAUGCCAUUAUAUGAUCACUUGCUACAAGAACAAUUGAGGAAUAAUGCUGCCACAGACAAGAGUCCCCUUGAAAUUUCCUUUCAGAGAAAUCAGUUAGGCUCAUGUACAAAGCAAGAAAAGCAGGCUCCUGGACUUUCUAGGAGAUCUCCAACAAGUAAAAGAAGAAUAAGAUGGAGCAAGGAUCUGCAUGAGCCAUUUAUGAUGAUUGUUAAUAGCCUUGGUGGUCCAGAAAAGGCAAAGCCUAAGGCUAUUCUAGAGAUGAUGAAAUCAGAUUUGCUGUCCAUUUCUCACAUAAAAAGUCAUUUGCAGAAAUGUAGGUCUACAACUUACAUGCACAAGGCUUUGCAGGAAAGAUCUGAGGGAAGACAUAGAACAGAUGGGGUUACUGAGCUUCAAGUCCAAAUCAGCCAUAUGCAAAUUGAGGAAUCAAGAAAACUGCAACUAGAGGUACGGAGGAGUAUUUGCCUACAACUAGAGAUGCAACAAAAUUUGAAAAUGCUUAUUGAAGGGCAGAGGAAGGAGCUCAAGGUAAUGUUAGAUCGCCAAAAGGAAAGGACCUAACUGAAGAAAAUCCUUGACACUGAGAUGGAAGUGGCUCUCUCCCCUAAUGAUGGGUCAAUUGUUUUGAUAAGUUACUACAUUUUGCUACCUCUAAGAUGAGGCAUGAGUGCUCCUCACCUCCAUGCAAAUGCAAUUGCUGCCUUUAUCUUUCAAUAAGCAAUUUUAGAAACUUCAAAAUACAAUAAUGUUUUAGUUUGUAUAUAAGAGAGCAAUUCUAAUGCC